UGGGGUGCAGAUGGGUUUUAAAGAUAGUGUCAGGGCCUCAGACAGAGCAGAACUCUGAGAUGUCGAGGGUUUCUUACCUGAAUACAAAGUUCUGUUGUCACCAACACGGAAGGCACCUGAGAUUUCCCCACCUUUUUUUAUCAAGCCUCCCAACUCAGUUCCAAGGACAGAUGGACAGAUUCCUGGUGAAAAAGCCUUGUCCUUUAGGACAAGCUGGAGAAGAGCAGGAACCAGGUCACACUUUCCAAGGAGAAGAGGAAGAAAGAAGAAAGAAGAGACCCCGGAGGGAAGCAGCAGGGAAAGACAUUGGCUUGGUGGGCAAUUGCCAUUGGCGGAAGAUUCAGGCUGAGAACUUGGACUGUGACUACACAGUCCUGUUUGGCAGGGAGGAGGCAGAUGAGCUUCUCCAGGCACUGGAAAAAGAAGUGCAAUAUUUUGAAGGUGAUCUUUCCAGAGUCCAAGUAUUUGGCAAAUGGCACAAGAUCCCAAGGAAGCAAGCCACUUAUGGUGACCCAGGGUUAACCUACACCUUCUCGGGACUCACCUUAUCUCCAAAGCCCUGGAUCCCAGUCCUGGAGCACAUUCGAGACCGUGUGGCAGGUGUGACUGGACACACCUUCAAUUUUGUACUUAUCAACAGAUACAAAGAUGGCUGUGAUCACAUCGGUGAGCACCGGGAUGAUGAGAGUGAAUUGGCUCCCCGGAGUCCUAUUGCAUCCGUAUCCUUCGGAGCCUGCCGGGAUUUCUUCUUUCGGCACAGAGAUUCUCGAGGGAAAAAGUCCUCACGGCAUGUGGAGGUGGUGAAGAUCCAGCUGGCCCAUGGGAGUUUACUAAUGAUGAACUACCCAACCAACAUCCACUGGUAUCACAGUCUCCCCAUCAGAAAAAGGAUUCUGGCUCCGAGGGUCAACCUGACAUUUCGGAACAUUCUGCUCUCUAAAAAGUAAAUGCUUUUCUUGACUCUAGUAAAGCCUUGUUUUGGGGACAGAAAAAUCCAUUUUCCUUGCGGUUCUGUGUCAAGGAGGGGCUAACUGGCAUUUCAGACAGUAAACAGCAUGUGAAACAAAGCACAGGACUCACACAGAAUUUAAAGAGCACGUGUUGAUUUAUUAAAGGACUGUCUUACAUACUUUUAUUUGUCUUUGCAAUGAAACGGUAAGCUGCAAAACCACGGCCAAUGUAGCUUCUCUAAUAAAAUGAAUCUUUAUUGCCAUAAUCCACACAGCAGGUACAAAACCAGAUAGAUACUCUUAGAAGAUUCACAAAACCAGAGGUCUAUGUUGUAAACUACUCACUGAACUUCAAUUUUUAUCAUGAGGAACUAAAUUAAUAAUUUACCCCAUCCUCAAAAUCAGUCUUCUGGCUUUCAGGUAAUAAUUGCUAAUAAAUUAGAGAACUGUCAGCUUUUA